AUGUUGGCUUUGGUGGUAAGAACAUAAGCCAUGACAGGUCCACGUGAAAACCUGGCUACCUGUUCUGUCCUGGACAGGUUCUUUUUUUAGUUGAGAAAAAACACGCCAAAAAAUAGGAGAUCGCAUUUUUUUUAUGCAGAAAAAAAAAAUUCUCAGCUAAUUUUUGUUCACGCGAGGACAGGUUGGGAAUAUAGCUUUAGGACAUGUUCAAGCCAUGUUUGAGCCAGGACAAGUUUAGGCCAUUUUCAAGGACAGGACAACAUGAGGCCAUAACAAUUUCCCCACCCCUGUUCAAAUCAAUCAGUUAUAUUGAAAACCUUUGAAGAUGGAGUAGAGUAAAGUAUGAGCUUCAAAAUUAUGUAUAUAGAUCCCAGAAAUAAUUUUGAGAAAAUUGUGGAAAAAUUAUAUUAAAAAGAAUGCAUCAUGCACCUACACAGGCAAUUACAGAUCAGCUUAUUAUUAGUCUAUUAUUGACCUAUUGACCUAAUUUGAAAGGGUCCACUCAGGAAACAAGGGUCCACUCAGGAAACCUGUAGAUUGACCCAUUUUUUGCCUAGAAUUCACAAUUUUUCCAGCUGGUCAUCAUUAAUGUGGCCACCACAAUUCCAUGGUUCCAUCCACCAACAAUGAACUUCGUUACACGCGGAUACGUCAAAAAAAGAGUAUAGUGAGUCACCCUCUCUCUCUCUCUCUCUCUCUCUCUCUCUCUCUCUCUCUCUCUCUCUCUCUCUCUCUCUCUCUCUAUCUCGCUCUCUCUCUCUCGCUCUCUCUCUCUCUCUCUCUCUCUCUCUCUCUCUCGCUCUCUCUCUCUCUCUCUCUCUCUCUCUCUCUCUCUCUCUCUCUCUCUCUCUCUCUCUCUCUCUCUCUCUCUCUCUCUCUCUCUCUCUCUCUCUCUCCCUCUCUCAGUUCACGAUUUUCAAAAAGCGUGUUUUCAGCGUCUUCUACGGAAUUGCUCAAAUUUCAUUGGCUUUGAUUGGGACAAAAACCCGAGAAUCUCCAAAUAAUUUGAUGGUACUUGGAACUUUGGUGAGCUUUGAUUUAGGAAAACUUGCGCUUCCCGUUGCCGCGCCAGCCUGAUUCUAAUGGGGUGAUUCAUGGGAAAAACCGUUUCUGACCGUUCGAGAAUUGUUUUUUCGGUGUAAAAAAAACAUUUUAAACAUUUUUUCGUUCGUGAAUCAGCCUUAUAAAAAUUCAAAUUUAUUUGACCUAUAUUUUGAAACGUGACCUAUACUCAGGCAAAUCGUCCCACCGGCGCAACACCAAAUAGAAAAAAACACCGGUGUUCCACUCAACUAACACUGAUUGAACACCGUUCUAACACCAGCGCAACACCACUUCCCACCGGAGUAACACCGCUUAAUUAUUUUUUCCAACAUUUUUUACCACACCAGUGGUCCACUUAAUUAGCACCGGUUUCCCACCUAAUCAACACCGGACCUUUCAUCUGGUGUUCCACCGGUGUUGAUAAAAUGGAAGACGAGCAUUGAAAACGGCCUAUCAAAAACAUAGCGGCGCGCGCGCCUCGCGAAACGUCGGUGAACUCACUACAUGACCUUCCACGAAAUCCGCGAAUUUCAACUUCAAAAUGCUUCUAUUAUUGAGGUUUUCUCUUGUCAGGAGAAUUUUUGUCUCUUCACUAAAGAGAUAGUCAGAAAGUUCGCUCUGGCGAACUAAUUUUGCUCAAAGGAAUUCAAAUAUUCCAUUCUGAACAGAAAAAAUAAAAAAAAUAAAUUUCUCUCAAAAAAUUUUCCAAACCCACCGGUGCAACACCUAAAUCCCACCGGUUGAACACCUGAACGCCACCGGUGCAACACCAAAACUCCACCGGUGUUCCCCCUUUGCCCACCGGUGGAACACCGAAGCUCCACCGGUUUCCCACCGGUGGGCCCACCGGUGGAAGAACGGUGUUGAUUGAGUGGAGAUUUGGUGUUGCGCCGGUGGGACGAUUUGCCUGAGAUAUAUGAGUUGGAAUUAUCAACAAAAAAAGUCUUCUCUCAACUUUCUUUUAUUUCGAAAUGAAUUCAAAAAAUAAGCUGUGAAUUUGGGACACGUUUCAAAAAAGAGGUCAAAUAAAUCAAAUUUCAUAUCAAAAUUCCUUUUUUUUUGACUGCAAUGGAUUGCAAAAAAAGAUGGAAUAAAAUGACAAAAAUGUGAAAUUAAUCGCACCUCAUGAAUCCCAAUUCGUGUCAAUUAAUUGCAAAAAAAUAGCCGUGGAUCACCCCAUAACCAAGUUCUGAACGCUCAUAAUAAUAAUAAUAAACAACCGAUUCUCCAAACUAUACCACAAAUACUAUUCAGACAUUGAUAACAUCUGUAAUGUCAAUGGUGAUCUGUUCUGAUGUAGAUGCUCUGGCAAUUUGGAUCGGCUUGGUGAUUUUUACUAUUUGCACAUUUGGAAUGACUAUUUUCAGCCAUGAAAUUGACAUCAAUACGUGAGUAUUUGUUAUUAUCUACUUACAGAGCGUUUCACAAUUAUAGCCCCACCCCUGAAAUUAACGAAAACUAUUUUUAUUUGAAGUUUUCAUGUAAAACUAAGUUGAAAAUAGGAAAGAUCAGCCGAAAUAAGGUAUGUAAACAUGUUUUUAUCAUAACUGACUUUGGUUUUGAUUUUUUAUGUACAAAAAAUUUAAUUUCGGGCGUUUCAUAAGUAUAGCCCCACCUAUAACCAGAUAUCCGAAAACCCAUUUACAAUAAUUUAUUCAACUUUUUAGUUUUAUUUACUUAAUUUUAGUUCACUUUUGAUCAUUCCUAAAAAUUAUCAAUAGAUUUCAACCAAUUUUCGAUUUUACAUAAGCGAAAAUCUUCAAAAAGUGAAGUUUUUAGACGAUCUACUUUUAUGACUGUCAUAAUUUUUUUUGAACUCGAUCUAUUAUUUUUUUAAACUCAUCUAAUUUAUGAAAAACAAUGUUUUUCACAAUUUUUAUGCCAAAUUAUUACAUUUGGAUGUGCUUAGAUAUCAUUUCAUUCAGUGUAUCUUAGUUCUGUAGUUCAUGUUAUGAUCAGAAUGCGAGUUUGUCGACCUGGAAACCGAACAUCCGGAUUCUAA